AUGGGAAGACGAAGAAGAAAGUGCAGGCUAUGGUGGCCAAGAAACCUCUUGUCUCCAUCUUCACCCAAUUCAAGUUUCUUGUUCGGGUGGUUCAUUCCAAAUCCCGAAGAAUCAGUGGACGUUGUCGUCGCCUUUACCUGCGAUGAGCCCGAACUUACUUCGUUGAUGGGUCAUUGUUCGAAUCUUCAGGAAGUACUUUUGGGGACAACUGAGAGCAUGACUCCUCUUCAAGAUAAAAGCGAAUUCCACCUGCUAGGACUCUGUGAAGCAAAUGCCAGUGGCAAUGGGGUAUCGGUAAGAUUUAAAAAAAGUGACAAAAAUGAUGACAUCAACUCAACCAACGGCCAACACCCAAGAAAAUGCACAAGUGAUCAUGUGAGCUGGAACUGUGGAUGCUCCAAAAAAGUUAGCGUAUUCAAACGCGGUAAAUUUUCUGCUCAAGAAAACAUGUGGAUAAGGCUCAUUUACAGUCCUUAUGAAACUGCUGAUGGAAAAGUUCUUGUCAUACCUAAAUUGGAUCAUCUACACAUGGACAGUGAAACAAUGUCCCAUCUAGAUCUUCACGUGAUACUGUAUGACAUACCUACUUUUGGUGGUCACCAUUACUCACUGGGUAGUCAUAGUUUAUCAAACCCUGUUCAAUCCACGUACAGGAAACCCAAGUGGUUUGAUGACCUUCAGCAAAAAAAUGUUCGCCUAGACUUGGAUACUGUCAUCCAGGCAAUGAACAGUGCAUGUGCUGCUCGGAUAUUGUUUGAUGGACAUCAGCAAUCCAAGUCUGGUUUUCCCAACUAUUGUCGCAUGGUCUCAACCGUCACAUGGAAACUAUUUGCUACAUGUGUUGCAUCACUUUCAACUGUCAUUUUUAUCAUUAUUCAGUCUUCGCGAGUUCUUUUUGGUUGGUUUUCCCGCAUGUAUAUGGAUGUCUUAUUGGAGAACGCAUUUAGCAAUACAUCGAAGAACAUCCACUUCCGCUGUUGUCAACUCUUGUAUUGGCCUCUCUCUCUCCAGGAUCAAAGUAUAAGGGAUUGGUCAUCUGUUGAGGUAGCAGAAAAAGUCUCAUUCGACAAGCACUCAAUCUGGUCAAAUGUCAUGGUUGAUAUUCUUCUGGGUAAUAUUUUCGGCAUUACCCUGUGGUUUAUGGCUGAACCUGCUUGCUCAUGGGUUUCAAAAUUCUCUCAAGACUUCACUAACAAUUGGUUGCGAACCGGAUGCGUGUGGCUAAUGGGAAACCCAGCUGGUUUUAAGUUGAAUACAGAGCUAGCAGGAAUUCUUGGAAUGAUUUGUCUUAAUGCUAUUCAAAUUUGGUCAACUCUUUGGAGUUUUAUGGGAUUUCUCUUUGUUUACUUCACAAAAGGACUUGCUCUCUGCGGGGUUGUAUUUGGUUUGACAUCAGCGGCAGCUCUAAUCGUUGAUGUAAUUUCACUAGUGACGAUGCAUGUUUUGUCUCUUCAUUUAUUCUUUUCGUUUAUCUAUUCGAGUCAGAUACGGGCAUUAGCAGCCUUGUGGCGCCUUUUCAGUGGUAGAAAGGUGAAUCCUCAACGUCACAGACUGGAUAGCUAUGAUCACUCAGUCGAGCAGCAUGUAGUUGGAUCUCUUCUGUUUACACCGAUUUUACUUCUGCUGCCAACAAUAUCGGCAUUUCAUAUAUUUUUCACCAUUUUGCACACGACCGUGACCCUUAUCUGCAUAUUCAUAGAGGCCGUGAUAUCAUUUAUCCACUUCACUCCCUAUGCAAAAGUUUUCAUCUGGCUGAGAAGUAAAAGUAGAUUUCCAUGUGGGAUCUGGUUCGAAACUACAGCGUGUCAACAUUCUGAAUUUCGAGCUGUAAAUGGCGGUAAUUUAUCCUCUGAGAAGCUGCGAAAAGCAGAUUAUGCUAGCAGCAGCCAUGGAUCCAGUGUUUUGGUUUCAUUUCUCCACAGCAAUUAUUUGAACUUGGGAGAGGUAGUGAAGCCUCACUACAGAUUAUGUUGGUCUUCUUUUUCUCGGUCAUCUAUUGGCUCGUCAGCUUACGGGCUUCUCACAGGAAGAAGCAUUCUGUAUUCUCCUGGACCCACUCUCCCUGCGAAGUUGCCAUGGAUUGUAAUCCCCUUGAAAGAAUAUUGGCAUAUUUGUCGCAACUCAGUCUAUGCGUGCCUUGAAGAUCGGUUAAAUCUUUGGCGUUUUUGA